GUGGCCGGCAUGGCUCAACUGGGAACACCGCCGGCCACAAAUCGGAGGGUCAGGGGUUCGAUCCCUCCUGACCCUCAAAUGGCCGAAAUCACCGGAGAUCGAAAAACAAUUUGUUCAAUACGCUUUGAGGAGGCACCGGAGGCCUGUGCAAGCACUGUGGCCAUGCCAGGCGCCCAUCGAUGCCGGCGAGGACAAUGGCUCCGAUCGACGAGGAAACAGAGGAGAAUCCGGAGGGCUCCGGCCUGUGCAGGCACCCUGGACACGCAGAGCAAGAGGAAAAAAAUGAUUGAAACACAGUUGAUAAAGAAUAAGAAUUAUAAGAGAUAA